CAGUUGUCACUGUUGUGGCCCAAGUCUAGGCCUGCGCCUGCAAAAAUGCUGCUGGCGCCCCAGGGAGGGUUCGCCUCAAAGAAGAAGAUGGAGCUGAGUCGCUGGAAACGGUUAUCAAGGAAGCUGAAUCUCAAGUCUUCAUUUGAGCCUGAUAAUGUGGGGCACUGGAUUAAGAGAGUAGAGAAGGCUUCAGAAUUUGCCAUUUCAAAUACAUAUUCUACCAGAAAUGCAGAUUUACCUGGAAGGUUUUGGCGACAAGCAGUAGAUCUGGCAACAUGUGAGCAAACAGAGUAUCAUGAUGACGUCUAUGAAGAAGCUCAGGAGCUAGUCAAUGAGUGGCUGGACAACAAACUUAAACAAGAAUUAGCAAGUGAUGGGGAAGGGGAAAGCACGGUGCGGAGCAGCCCCCCUGUGCCAGAUGCCCAUGGCCAUUUGAAGUAUGACAGAUUUGAUGAUUUAUGUGGCUAUUUGGAGGAAGAAGAGGAAAGUGCCACUGUGCAAAAAUUUAUAGAGCAUCUGCUCCAUAAAGAAGUGGUGCCUUCUGAGAUGGUGGAAGAGCUUGGAAUGAAGGAAAACCAAGGCAAGAGGCAGCAGAAGGAUCCUCGUCUUACCAUGGAGAUGAGACAUAAGCAGGUCAAAGAAAACCGCUUGAGACGUGAGAAACAACUGGAGUCCCAGAGAAUGGAAAGUGCCCUGAAAAAAGCAGCCUUCUUGGAGGCCCAGUGUCUGGUGCAAGAAGAGAAGAAAAGGAAGGCUCUGCUGGCCAAGAAAGAGAAGGAGGAGAUUCAGAGAGAGAUGGUGAAGCUUCGGAGGGAGAUACUGGAAAGAAGGCACACGGUGGAAGAAGCAUGGAAAAUAGAAAAGAAAAGGCAAGAAGAAAGUUCUCAGAGGAAUCCACAGAGAAAAAUGAUGAAAAGUGCUCACAUACAUCUGGGUGAGGAAAAAGUUGCAAAAGAAAGAAAAAGAGAACUAAGGGAGAUACUAAUCCGGACUUUCAAAGAAAAUCAACAGUGUCAAAAACGGUAUUUCUCUGCCUGGCACAAGCUGACUCUGGAUCAUAGGAUUAAGCUGGGGAAAGCAGGGACCCUGUCUGACUGGAAGCUUCAACUGAAGGUCCUGAGAGCCUGGAGAGACCAUACGAGAUCCCAGAAGUUGGAACGAGAGACCAAAGCCUUGGAAAAUGACCUUAGGGAAGAAAACAGAAAACAACAGCUGGCUACUGAGUUUAACCGGAAACAAGUUCUUCGAUACUGCUUUGGUGGAUGGCAGCGUUGGCAUGGUUCAGAAGUUAUAAAGAGGGAGCUGGCUCUGGCCAAGGAGCAAACUAGGAAGAAAAUGGAUGAACUGCUGAAGGCAGCCUCCCUCGGGAAACUCAAUUCUAAGGGGUCAUCAGCUCAUCUUCUCGAUGAGGCCCCGGCCGUGGUGGACCCAGCAGUGGGCAGUGGAGAGGUCACUAUCAUGUCCCCUUUGUGGGAAAAGCCACCUGUGGAGAACAGUGGUUGUACACUCAGCCAUUCCCCGGAAAGAACAACCAAGGGGAAUUUUCAGGGUACUCUCCCAGAUGUCUCUGAGAACACACCUGGCACAAAGCAGGCCAAGACUGCAGCAGCUGAGACCUCGGAACAGCCUGGUAGCCAUGAAGAUCCUGGGACCACUACGCAGGAAGCAGACACGGUUUGUGUGGGGCAUUUCCGCCGUCACCAUGUCUACCAGCAACAGCUGAUUGAGAAACAGAAGAAGAAACUUGAGGAACAGAAGAAAACCAUUCAGAAGCUGAAGGAAUACCAGUGGUUGGCUGAGGCCCGGCGGGCAUCUGAGCGUACCACAGCAGCUACAGGAGGACACAACUGCAGUCAAUCAAAUCGCAGAGGAGCAGGGGACCUGCAGGGAACCUGCCAGAGACUUCUGAAUUCCUCUGUUCCAUCUCCUAGGUGUGAAGAUAGUAGAGCCGAUUCUAGAAAGCCUCUUUCUCCAUCCAAAAGGACCCUGAAGCAGCCAACAGCACCCCAUCCCUUACUGAAAGCCAUGGAAGAGAGAGCAAUUCAACGAGCUGAACGUAGGCAGAUCUUGGCAGAAAGGAAGAAAAAACAAGAAGAAGACAAAUUGGCACAGUUAAAGGCCCAAGAGGAAGAACGCCAAAAGAAGGAUGCAGAAGAAAAGGAAGCCCAGCUGGAGAGAAAACGAGAGGAAAAGAGGCUGAAGAAGAUGAAAGAACUAGAGAAACAGAAGAGAAUUCAAAGGAGUCAAGAGUUGGAAGCAGUAGCCAAAGGUCACUAUGAAAAGACCUUGCUAAGGAAAAGAGGCCUGGAGCCCUGGAAGAGACUGAGAGUGCAAAGCAAGCAAAACACUGAGGUAGCAGAAGAGCAUCACUCUUUGACUUUACAGAGAAAGUGCCUGCUCAGCUGGCUCCAGUACAGCCAGGAAAGGCUGGCUACGACGACAGCCAAGGCUGACCAGUUUUACUCCCAGCUACUGUGUAGGAGAGUCAUCCGGGGCUGGCUCCAGUACGUCAGUGAUGUAGAGGAGGAAGUCAGGAAGCUCUGUGUCUACUUACUGCAGAGGAAGACUUUCAAGGCCUGGCUUAGCACUGUCAAAGAGCUGGAGAUGGAGUCCCAGAAGAAGCUUAAGGUUGCUGCAGAACACGGUGACAGGAAGAUUCUCAGGGUCACACUGGAGAUGUGGAAGGCAUUUGUAAAACUUACCAAAGAAGACAGAGUCAGAGAAGAGCGGCGAGACCAGCUCCGCCGGAAGGUGGCCGAAAUCCUUCCAGACUUCCAGAUGCUGGUGCCAUUGUGAUGGCUGCACACCAGCAGCUACAUGCUUGUCAGCCACGGGCAGUCUUUGUGCCCGGAUGUGCAGACACACGGUCUCCACCCACACCCCUACCUGAGCCCGGCUUACUUCUGGACGUGUCGUAGGCCGGGGGUUAUCUUGGGAUUGUUCUUCCGUCUUGAUCUCUCCUGGGUUGCUGGGCAUCUGUGGUGAUGGCUGUCACAGGGGGUCAUGGGAACAGUCCAGGGCACCACCGCUGAGUGCAUUUUAUACAUUCUUAGUAUAAUAAACCCUGAAGGGAUGAGUGCCUGCCUGGA